AUGUACACACGUACGAAAUCCGUCGUGACCGGCUGCAAGUCCUCUGGGACAACGUCGAAGCCGCUUAUUCCACAUGUGCUGAUGCACUGCAUCAAGACGGCGACGGUGAAGGCACACAGGCGAUGGAGGCAAAGUACGAUCACUGCUAUGCAGUGUACGAGCGGUGUCUCGCCCGUGUUAAGGGGCAAAUUACCCAGGUUUCCGGGUCCAGCAGGAGUGAAGCAUCCGUUCCUCCUGUUGACUCCGGUCGAGAAACUUUUCCAUCUGAAUUCGAAGACCGCAGAUGAGGCCAACGAAAUAGUAGCUAAAUUUCCGCUGACGAACGAUGGUUUCGCGUCGGCUUGGGGUGCUCUCUGCGAACGGUUUGAGAACAAGCGCUUGUUGAUCACAAGCCAGUUGAAGAUCCUAUUUAACCUGUCCACGGUUACCCAAGAGUCGGGAGCAGCUAUCAAGGAGCUGCAGAGCACGAUUCAGCGUUGCUUGACCGCUCUUGAGCAUUCAGACAUUUCCGUCUGUAGCCCGUUCGCAGAUUGCAUCCUUGUUUUCCUCUGCUCGUCCAAACUUCCCAAGCUCACACUCUCGUUGUGGGAGCAGUCGUUGGUGGACAAAGCGAAAAUUCCCGCAUGGCAGGAUAUGAGCACGUUCCUCAAUGAGCGUUACCGUACGCUCGAAGCUAUUGAGGACGUAAAACAGACUGCCAAUUCACAGAUCGCGACUGCAGGACCAUCCCGUCCGCAGAAUUCGAAGCGAGUCAACUCCUUUGAGGCCCGAGUCACUCCGAAAAGCAAAUCGUGUGACUUGUGCUCAAAGGAGAAUCACCCUGUCCGGGUGUGUCCGCGUUUCUUGCAAAUGUCGGUCAACGAGAGGAUGACAUACAUCAAACAGAAAAGUCUCUGGCGGCACAACACUCUUCUCCAUCGGGGUGACAGUGCCCACAAUGGUGCCUCUUCAUCGUCCAACAUACAGUCCACUCCAAAUCCAACGGCAACAAAUGUGCAGAAUUUCUUUGCUAAUAACGCUCAGAAUGUCCUUCUCGGCACGGCGGUAAUCAAUGUUUGCCACUUGGGCACUACAUAUACCGCACGUGCGUUAAUUGAUUCCGGGUCCGAAGCGACCUUCAUUUCUGAGCGUUUGUUCCAACGCAUUAAGUUGCCUUUCCAGUCCGUGCGAGCCCAGGUAUCCGGGCUAAAUCACGCAGUUGCGGCCCAAUCGCAGAAGUUAUGUCACUUCAGCAUUGGUUCUCCGACGAAGCCGAGGCUCCAUAUCGAGACUUCGGCAUUCGUAAUUCCACAGUUGGCAGGCAAACUGCCCUCCUUCGAUAUGCCGCGAACUUUCCUCAAGGAUCUACCAGCGAUAGAACUGGCAGAUCCACAUUUCUACAAGAGCGCUCAGAUCGAUGUACUAAUUGGCGCGGAUAUCCUUCCGUCGGUCAUCUUGAGCGGCUCCCGGCCAAACAUUUGUGGCUCACUCCUUGGGCAGGAAACCGUGUUUGGCUGGAUUCUUACCGGCCCCGUCUCCCAGAGUAUGUCGACAACUGUUUCUGCGUUUUCGACAAGAGUCGCCCUCCAAGCAGACGAACAGCUCGACAGCCUACUUUCCAAAUUUUGGGAGGUGGAGGAUAUUCCAGCGAAGCUGAUAAAGGAGUCAGACUUCGUUUGCGAAGAGAAUUUCGUUAAGACUACUUCUCGUAGCACAUGUGGCAGAUAUCGGGUGACUCUUCCAUUCCGGAAGCCCGAUGGCAUUGAACUGGGUCAUUCCAGAUCUAUAGCGCUGGCUCAAUUCCUCAAGAACGAGAAUCGUUUGUCAAGAAACGAUUCUCUAAAGGAACAGUACAAUGCCGUUCUCCAGGAGUACGUGGACUUGGGUCAUAUGACACCCAUAUCGCCUCAAGCGAUUGGCACGACUCCUAAUUUCUACCUGCCUCACCACGCAGUAUUCAAACCGGAUAGCACCACAACGAAGGUGCGGGUCGUUUUCAACGCAUCUUGUCCAUCCUCAAAUGGCAAGAGUCUGAAUGAUAUCCUUCAUUCAGGGCCCAUUCUCCAAUCGGAUCUUACGAUGCAGAUCCUCCGAUGGCGAUACUAUCGAUAUGUGUUCAAUGCGGACAUAACGAAGAUGUAUCGCCAAAUCCUCAUGGACUCAAAGCACACACCGUUCCAACGAAUUCUGUUCCGCACGUCGGACGGUGUGAUCCGUGACUUUGAGUUGAACACGGUGACAUUCGGUGUCAACUGUGCGCCUUUCCUGGCUCUACGAGUCCUUCAGCAACUUGCUGAUGACAUACGCUUGGAGUAUCCUCUCGCAAGCCAUGUCAUCUCCAACAAUAUGUACGUGGACGACGUCCUAGCGGGGACACACACAAGAGAAGAGGCCAUCCGGACCAUUACGGAAGUGUGUGCAGCCCUGGACAGUGCUGGCUUCCCGCUGAGGAAAUGGACGUCGAACCAUAAGAGCGUGCUGAAGGACAUUCCAAGGGACCAUCUACUACGAGAAGACUUCCUCGAACUCGAAGACUCUAGUACGGCGAAAACUCUGGGCAUCAGGUGGCAAGCUCACGAUGACGAGUUCUUUUUCAUGCCACCAGAAGUUGCCCAUCAGGACUCCUACACGAAGAGGGAAGUGCUCUCGCAAAUCGCUAAGCUUUUCGACCCAGCCGGGUGGCUGGCCCCUUUCGUUAUCCGAGCCAAGAUCUUCAUGCAGGAGAUCUGGCUGAGAACGCUCGAAUGGGACGAGCACCUACCCACGGAUCUUUCACUCCAAUGGAAGGAGUACCUCCAGAGCUAUCCGGCUCUGGGAAAGAUCCGGAUUCCAAGAUGGGUCCAAUUCCAGACACGAGUGAAGCUCCAGUACCACGGAUUCUGUGAUGCGUCAGAAAGGGCGUAUGGAGCAGCGAUCUAUGUCCGUGUGGAAACGGCGAACAAGGUUUCCACACAUCUCCUUACUGCGAAGACAAAGGUGGCUCCGGUCAAAAAGUUUCCAGACUUUCUUUGGACCGACUCAACAAUUGUUCUCGCCUGGUUGAACAAGCCACCCUGCCGAUGGACAACCUUUGUGGCCAAUCGAGUGGCCAAGAUUGUCCAAGCCAGCGACGCCAAGAACUGGUCGCAUGUGCGAUCCGAGCACAAUCCGGCAGAUCUGGCAAGCCGUGGUGUCCUGCCACAAGAAUUGGUUCGUAAUCCGUUGUGGUGGCAUGGACCAGAGUGGCUUCAUCUCCCGUCGGAUCAAUGGCCAUCUUCUCCAAGUCCCAUUCCGGAGACUCUGCUGGAGCAGCGGAUUAAAUGCAACGUCGCUAAGUCGCCUCCGACUCCCGACUUCCUGAGCAGGUUCUCUGAGUUUGGCAGGGCACUGCGCACGUCUGCCUAUGUUCUCCGAUUCAUCGAUAGGAGUCGGAAGUUGGCAGUUCCAAGCUCUACCGUGGUCCAGGCGGAUGAGCUGUCACGGAUCCAAGAGCGGCUAAUCGUCAUGGCUCAACGUCACACUUUUCCACAAGAAUACCAAUGUCUGCAGUCCAAGCAGCAGGUUCCUUCCUCAAGUUCAAUCCGAAACUUGAACCCUUUCCUCGAUGGCAAGGGGAUUCUACGGGCCUGUGGGCGUCUGACGGCGUCCCACUCGCUGCGUUACGAUGAGAGUCAUCCAAUCAUCCUAUCGUACUCCUCGUCCUUUGCACGACUACUGGUGCGUUUCACCCAUCGUAUAUCCUUACAUGGGGUCCUCGUUAAAUCCACCAUCAACUCCUGCAAGGUCUGCGUCAUCUACAAGAAGAGAUUGCAGACCCAAAUGAUGGGGGACUUGCCCAAGGAAAGGGCGGUACGUCUGCGUCUUCGUGUGCUUCAGCACGAAGGCAAUCCACUUGGAGGCAACAUCGGAUCUCACGACGGAGAAAUUCCUGGCCGCAUUCUCCCGUUUCAUCGCACGGCGCGGGUGUCCACACCAAAUGUAUUCGGACAACGGAAAACCUUCGUUGGAGCUGACAAGGUGAUCUCCAACGACUUCUUGGAAGCGACGAGGGAGUGCAUCAUCGCACAACAUGCCCACAAGAGCCUAUCCUGGCACUUCAACCCGCCGGGCGCCCCGCAUAUGGGUGGUUUAUGGGAAGCCGGCGUAAAGAGUUUUAAGGCACUCUUUUACAAGGCGACCUCCACCUCGAAAUAUACGUUCGAAGAGUUGUCCACUCUUCUCGCUAAGAUCGAAGCCUGCCUGAACUCGAGGCCGAUUUCCCCUAUGUCCGAGGAUCCUGCGGACUUACUAGCGCUCACUCCUGGCCAUUUCCUCAUAGGUGGCCCUCUUAUUUCGGUGUUGGAACCACCAAUUAACCAACCGGCCACCUCCAUCCUCAAUCGAUGGCAGCGACUGAAGGCUCUUCACCAACAAUUUUGUUUCCGUUGGAAAGAUGAGUACCUGAAGGAGCUGCACAAACGGACGAAAUGGCAAUCCCUACCCGGAACCUUCGGAUCGGUGACAUGGUUGUCAUAA